AUGGUGGCCAUGUCCCUCUUGGGUGCUUUCGUGCUCGGCUGGCUGGUCGGCAUGGCGCCGAAGAAGCGGCCCGCUAUCGCGGGCGGCGCCGCGGGCAGCGCCGCGGCCAGCGACGCUGACUGCCCCGGUGGCGAUCGCAAGCCGAAGGCCGACGAGGCCGUGGCGGAGGCCGACGCGGAGGGCCAGGCGGGGGCGGACAGGGAGGUCAAGCUUGUGGCAGGCAGCCCUAGCAAGCGCGCCCCCAAGGGCGCCCGCGACCAGGUGGCGACGAACGAGAUGCUGACUGGCUCGUGUCAGCAGAAGGCUGGCAAGGACCCCGACAAGGCGGUGAAGGCAGCGGCAGCGCUGGAGAUGCACCACCAGCCGGGCUGGGAGGAGAAGGAGUCGAUGGCGGAACGCUGCAAGGGGAACGAGGCCCGCGGCAGCAUGAAGUGGAUCGACGACUGGAUGGGGACGCGCAGCAAGGAAUGCGCCACCGCGGCCGGCUGGAACGAGAAUUGGCGCGGCCCUGGGCAGGUGCUGCAGCUUCUCGGCUUGAACCUCAGCGACUUUGAAACCCGCGAAGAAGCGCUGGCCUUCGUGGCCAAGGAGGUGCGCCGCAACCAGGUGGCUUCAGGCACGCUGGAGUCCCACCCGCCCAAGAUCGACGAGUCGAGCUGGCUGAUGAUGAUCACGGGCGAGCACGCCGCGCAACUGGAGAGCCGCGCUAACGACUGCAACAAGGCUAUCCAGAGCGGGCGGCUCGAAUUCGCCCUGGGCGCGCACGGGGGCGACGAGGUCAAGCAGCAGGGCGGCGGCGCCGAAGCGGCCGAGACCCUCGACGACCCCGGCGUGGGCAAGUACGCAGAGGCCUCCAAGGACCUUGGCAAGGUUUACGACGCGCUGAACACCUACCAGGAUGACGCCGAAGCGAUCGCCACGAUCGUGGACGAUCUCGCGAAGAAUGGGAUUACUAAGCUGGAAAAGGCGGAGGGUGACAAGGAGAAGGCCAUCAAAACCUUCGAGGAGGAGUGCGAGUCGCGCGCCAAGCAGUGCGACGAGCGGCGGAAGGCGGGCGACGAGCGCGCGAAGAACGCGGCGCCGAAGGUCACCGAGAUGCAGGGCAAGCAUCCGAGGGAGCCGUCAGAGCGGAGCUAA